AUGAGCAACACCAGCAACGAACCGUCGAUGCUCUCGGGCCACGUUCAGUACGUGAAGGGUGCCGCCGAGGAGGUGAUCGGCAACAUGACGGGCUCCGAGGACUGGAAGCGGUCGGGUCUGGCCGACAAGGAGGCGGCCCGCGCCGAGAUGCGAGCGGCCAACGAGGGUCCCAAGGACCCCGGCCUUGUGCCGGGCCAGAUCGAGAGCACCUUGGGCCGGGCCGUCGGCUGCGAGGGCAUGAUCGAGAACGGCGAGGAGAAGCAGCGACUGCGAUCCGACAAAUAA